GAAGAUUGCAGAUGCAGAUGAGGUGAGGUGAGAAUUGAGGGAAGAAAAAUGAUUUGCAGAGUGGUGACACCUUUUCCAUUAUCGUCCUCUUCUUCACCCGCCCACCGCCCCAUUCGAUGUACUACAGAACGUCGAGCUUUGUUUAAUCGCAUUGCCCCUGUUUACGAUAACUUAAAUGAUUUGUUGAGUCUGGGUCAGCAUCGAAUAUGGAAAAGAAUGGCUGUUUCCUGGAGUGGGGCAAAAGUGGGAGAUUGUGUUUUAGAUUUGUGUUGUGGGAGUGGAGACUUGGCUUUCCUCUUGUCUGAGAAAGUUGGGUGCAGUGGCCAGGUGACUGGUCUUGAUUUCUCAAAGGAGCAGUUAUCAGUUGCUGCGUCGAGGCAGCAGUUGGCCUCUAAACCCUGCUACAAGAAUAUUGAGUGGGUCGAAGGUGACGCACUUGAUUUGCCCUUUCCUGAUGGUCACUUUGAUGCUAUUACUAUGGGUUAUGGUCUUCGAAAUGUAGUAGAUAAGCGUAAAGCUUUGCAGGAGAUGUAUAGAGUGCUAAAAGCAGGCUCUAGAGUAUCUAUUCUUGACUUUAAUAAAAGCACCCUACCAGUUAGUACCUUCAUCCAGGAAUGGAUGAUCGACAAUGUUGUUGUCCCAGUUGCAACUAGUUAUGGGCUUGAACAGGAGUACAGAUAUUUGAAAAGUUCAAUCAGAGAAUUCUUAACAGGUAAGGAAUUGGAGAAGUUGGCAUUGGAAGUAGGUUUUUUCGAAGGGAGACAUUACGAGAUUGGUGGAGGCCUCAUGGGAGACUUAGUAGCAAAACGUUGAGUUUAUGCUUUUCCUAGAAACAUGUUAUUUCUCAACAUGUGAGACAAGAUUGCCAAAAACAACAAAAAAUAUAUUUGUCACUAUUCUACUCAAAUUUCCUUUUAUUAUAUGCAUCUUAAUCUGUUGUCUACUUGUCGAAAAUUUGGAAGUUUUUAUUGUUUGUGAACUCACUAGAUAAUACAAUUGUAAUGGAGUAACCCCAAAAUCUUUACAAA